GUACCUACAUGGGUGUCCCCAGAGGCUCAGGCCCAAUUAUUGGCCAACCUGGCGCAUCCAGUGAGCACUUUGGAUCUGCUGCCUACCCUGAGGCAGUUCAUGGGUUGGAAACUCUAUCCUCAGGUGAGUCACAUUGUAGGUGACUACACAUGGAUGGAAACUGUGUAUCCAGGCGCGAAUGGUAUAAGACGUUCAGUAUAUAUGGAAAGUGAGUGA